AUCUCAACGAGCGCGUCUCCGCGGAGCCGAGCAGAGAGACUCCCGAGCGGCUGACCCAGUCGUGCAAACAGAAACUGGAAAAACCAAAAGAGAAUAUCGCAAGGUGGUUCUCCUUCGCGAGCGCCGCUCGUACUCAAGCAGACGCUCGCCCCGUUUUCCCCAUCGGCCUUCUCCACGCAUCCUCUUCAAGCAUCCCUUUCAUAUCGUCGCCGGAAACCUCAGACAGUCUAAACUCGACAUCUGUCUGUACGAGCCAUCGCAAUUCGCCUCAUCUAAAAAAAAAAGAAAAAAAGAAUAUUUGCGUCGAAGUUGUGUGAUGUGCCGACGGAUGAACACCUGCUGUGGACUUUAACAGUCGUCCUGCGUUGCGCACACGCCGAAGCUGCGAUAUUUCUGCUCAUCUAACCUGAAGGACACAGAGUCGACGAAGACAUCGGAGCGGCGCGUUUACCACCAUCACCCGACUAGCCAUGGAUCCAGUGAGGCCUGGAAAGAAGCUUCCCAUUCACUUGAAGAGUGCCCAAACCCGGCUGCACAUCAAGGGUGGGAAGAUUGUCAACGAUGACAUGAUCCUGGAUGGUGACGUCUACAUAGAAGAUGGCAUCAUCAGACAAGUUGGCAAAGACCUCACCAUACCAGGAGGCACUAAGACUAUUGAAGCCAAAGGAAAACUCGUCAUUCCAGGAGGGAUCGAUGUCAGCACCCACUUCCAGUUGCCGCUGCCCAGCGGCAUACGGUCGGCGGACGAUUUCUACACGGGAACCCGCGCAGCCGUGGCUGGUGGAACCACCAUGAUCGUCGACUGCGUCUUGGACACUACUUGCUCCCCCCUGGAGGCCUUUGAGAAGUGGAAGAGCUGGGCAGACGAGAAGGUGUGCUGCGACUACGGCCUCCAGCUGGCCGUCACUUCCUUCGACCCCAAGACCAAGGAGGAGCUGGAGACUCUGGUCAAGGAAAAAGGGGUCAACACCUUCAGGGCCUACCUGAGCAUGGAUUCCUUGAUGCUUUCCGACGUCGACUUUGUGCACCUCUUGGAAGUUUCCAAGCACUUGGGAGCACUGACAACGGUCCAUGCCGAAAAUGGACUGGUGAUUGCGGAGAACCAGAAGCGCAUUCAGGCACUUGGCAUUAUGGGGCCCGAAGGUGUGCUCUACAGCCAACCUGAAGAGGCUGAGGCAGAAGCAACCCUGCGUGCCAUCGUCCUGGCCAAUCAGGUGUCUACGCCCCUGCUGGUCUCUCCAGUCAUGAGCAAGGGUGCUGCCGACGUGAUUGUGAAAAAGCGCAACGAUGGCUGCGUUGUGUUUGGCGAACCUACCGCGGCCAGUUUGGGCACAGACGGCAGCCACUACUUCAACAAGUGCUGGGCGCACGCGGCUGCCCACGUGACCUCGCCUCCUCUGAGCGCCGAUCCCUCAACAGCCGGUCGUCUGAUGGACCUCCUCGGAUGUGGCGACCUGCACACGACGGGGUCGCACCACUGCACCUACACCAUGGCGCAAAAGGCGGUCGGCUGCGACAACUUCACCAAGAUUCCCCACGGCGUCAACGGAGUCGAGGAGAGAAUGCUAGUGGUCUGGGAGAAGGGCGUGAUGACAGGCAAGAUGGAUGCCUGCCGUUUUGUUGCUGUCACCAGCACAAAUGCAGCUAAGCUGUUUAACAUGUAUCCUAAAAAGGGACGCAUUCAGGUGGGUUCGGAUGCGGAUGUCGUCAUUUGGGACCCCAAGGAGCUCGUGUCCAUCUCCAAGAAGAGCCACAACUCCGUGUCCGACUUCAACAUCUUCGAGGGGCUCGAAGUUCGCGGCGGACCCUGCUGCGUCGUGUCGCAUGGGCAUGUCGUUCUGGAGGAAGGACAGCUGAAAGUCAGCGAGGGAUCCGGACGCUUCGUCAGCCUCCCACCUUUCUCGCCCCACACCUUCAGCUGCCUCUUCGAAAGGGAGAGGGCAAACCAGCCGGUCAAGGUGAACCGCGACGGCUACCAGGGACCCGUGGGCGGCGACCAGGUGUUCAACGGCGGCGUGACGCCGGGGAAAGAAGGCCAGACGCCAUACCGGGCCCAGAACAGCCCCCACACCCCUUACAGCCCGCUGACACCCUCUCAGCAGCAGUUCCACACCAGGGGCCCCACUCGCAGCGGUGGCCGCAAUCUCCAGGAUUCUAGCUUCAGCCUCUCCGGAGCACAAAUCGAUGACAGCGAGGGCCAGCGCAGUGGCAUCCGCGUCCACAACCCACCGGGCGGAAGAUCGAGCGGGAUUUGGUAAAUCGUGGAGGAAAGACCCAAGGAACAACGCUGAUGCAGUUCUCGUGUUCGUGUUGCCCCCCCCCCCCCCCACCUCCCAUUUCUUCAAUCUUGUCAACUCUCCCCCAUGCCGUAUCACGUCAAGCGGGCAGCCGAUUGUACGUCAGAGUGGCGCUGCAAGGAAAGACAGUCGAUCGAACAAAUGACCGGUGGCGUUAAAGUCCAGUCGGGGUUGCUGUUGUUUGAAUUUUCCUCUUAAGCUACGUGGCAGAAGACAAAGUUUAAAGUAUACUUUCCUUCAACAAGAAAAGGUUAACCGGUUCUUAAAAAAGGGCCGAGCCCCGUGUAAAAGUGGUUGUGAAGAGGAAUGUAAUUUUUUUUUCUUUUCCUUCAGUGCAAUGGGAGUUGGGACUGCUUGUUCCGAUUUAAACAGAGAUAAUUUACCCUUAGAAAAAAAAAAAAUUCUAAGCACUCAUAUCAAGCAUUUGUAAUGCUCUUAAUAAAAACGUUGCAACUCGCGAGUACUUUGAGUCCCGCUAAGCAACAAAAGGUGCAGCUGAGCAAAGUGUUCUUGUGCUCUUGCCAAUGCCAAACAGCUUCAUAACCUUCUCUUACAUUGCCUCUGUUGUUGGUGCGGUUGUUCUCGUAACCUUUUUACGACAUCUACAAAGUGUUCAGGUGAAGAAAUCUUAACCCUAGUGUUUCUUGUGCACCCGUGAAGUAUUGCAAGCAAGAUUUUUUAUGCAGAUCGUGGAGUGACAAGAUUUUUUUUAUUUCAGGCAAAGUUCUUUGUGACUGGGGUUUUUAGUGAUUGCAUAGUUGGAAAUGGAGUUUUAUAUGAAGUUUUUCUCUACUUUUAUUUUGUAGGUGUAGCACUGCCAGUUAGCUGUAGCCCUUUUUUUUUCAGCGUAGAAAGCUCUUGAGUCAGUCUGCGUGGAGGUGUUGAUAGCGAUAGGCAUUUAGUAUUUCCUCUUUUUUUUUUUUUUGGCAAUCGUGAAUGCUCCACCUUGUCUGAUUCUUGAAUCAUCAUUUGUGGACAGGUGUUCGUAACAUGUGUGUGUGUUUUUAUAAUGGCAAAUGUGCAGCAGGUGUUGUCAUAUAUAUGCACUCCCUUGCCUCAUUUAUUGUGAGAAAUAAAGAGGUGCUACAGCCAUA